AUGUUUGGUGCCAUGUGGAAGGUGAUCGUUUCAUUGAUCCUGUUUAUGGUCGGCCCUGGUGAUGGGCUUUUUCGCUCCAUAUACCGAACUGCCCGUGUCUCCAUGCCAUUCAUGGGAAAUGCAGGACAGCCUCUGUUCCUUACUCCUUACAUCGAAGGCGGGAAUAUCAAGAAGGGGCAAGAGAAGAGCAUAGUCAGUCCGUUCCCUGGAAUGAACUUGAAGAGUUAUUCUGGCUACAUCACGGUGAACAAGACUUACAAUAGCAAUCUCUUCUUCUGGUUCUUUCCGGCUCGGAUACAGCCUGAGGAUGCCCCAGUAGUCCUCUGGCUUCAGGGUGGUCCUGGAGGUUCAUCCUUGUUUGGUCUCUUUGUAGAACAUGGGCCUUACGUUAUAACAAACAACAUGACUGUUCGUUCCCGAGACUUCCCUUGGACCACUACCCUUUCCAUGCUUUACAUUGAUAAUCCAGUGGGCACAGGCUUCAGUUUCACUGAUAAUGCCCAGGGAUACGCCGUCAAUGAGGAUAAUGUUGCCCAAGACUUGUACAGCGCGCUGGUUCAGUUUUUCCAUUUGUUCCCCGAGUAUGCGAAGAAUGACUUUUAUGUCACCGGGGAGUCUUACGCAGGGAAAUAUGUGCCGGCCAUAGCACACUAUAUCCACUCCUUCAAUCCCUUGAGGCUAUUCAAGAUCCGCCUGAAAGGAAUCGCUAUCGGAGAUGCUUACUCUGACCCUGAAUCGAUUAUAGGAGGGUAUGCAACAUUCAUGUCUGAAAUUGGCCUGUUGGAUGAACAGCAGAAGAAGCAUUUCCAGAAGCAGUGUAACAAGUGCAUAGAGUUCAUCAAAGAGCAGAAGUGGAUGCUGGCCUUUGAAAUCCUGGAUAAGCUGCUGGAUGGAGACCUAACAAGUGACCUAUCUUACUUCCAGAAUGUGACAGGAUGCACCAAUUACUACAACAUCUUACAGUGCACGGAACCUGAGGACCAAGGUUACUAUGGGAAAUUCUUGUCACUCCCGCAAGUGAGACAAGCCAUCCACGUGGGGAACAGGACCUUCAGUGACGGUGCCGAGGUUGAGAAGUACCUGCGAGAGGACACAGUGCAGUCAGUGAAGCCCUGGCUAGCUGAGAUCAUGAAUAACUACAAGGUUCUGCUCUACAAUGGCCAACUGGAUAUCAUUGUGGCAGCUGCCCUGACAGAGCGUUCCUUGAUGGCCAUGGAGUGGAAUGGAUCCAAGGAAUACAAACAGGCUCAAAAGAAGAUUUGGAAGAUAUUCACCUCUGAUAAUGAAGUGGCUGGUUACGUGCGGCAAGCGGAUAAAUUCCACCAGGUAAUUGUCCGAGGUGGAGGACACAUUUUGCCCUAUGACCAACCGCUGAGAUCUUUUGAUCUGAUCAAUCGUUUCAUCUUUGACAGAGGAUGGGAACCUUAUAAUUCAUAA